UAUAAAUUUAUAAAAUGGAAAAUGAUCUGCAAAAAGAAAACCUAUUACUUGUAGAAUAGAUUAAAGUUCUUUAAGCUUAAUUGCAUAAUAGAGAAACUUUAAAAAAUGAAUGUUCUAGAAUAAAUGAUUAAAGCAGCUUUUUCAGUACAUUCAAAUAAUCAACACCAAGAGGUAAUAUUAGCAGAGACCAAAGCAAAAAAGAUCUUUAGGAUUUGACUGUUCAAGUGAAGAGACUUAAUGAGUACAAUUUCAAUAUAUUUCCAAAGAGAGAAAGAACAAUUAAGGAAAACAUUAAAACAUCAAAUUGAUGCUUAUGAUCAAAAAAUUCAAUAAAAAGAAAUGGAAUUAAGCCAAAAAGAAAAAAUGUAUAGACAAUUAUAGAAUGACUACAAGGAAUUGCAAUAGACUCUUAUAGAAGAAUAAAAUAAGCCAGCUCUUUAACCUGCAGCACCAACACCACCUGUUCAGACUAAACCUAUUGGAGAUCAAAUUUAAUAAUAUAAAGUUUAAAAGGUUGGUUUAAUGAAUUUACCUUGUUUAGUAAUAAUUAAUAUUCAUAUAUCUAGAUUAUUAUAAGAAAAAAUAUAUUCGAAUAAUUCGUGAUUGAAAUAGAAAAUACAAAAGAUAAAGUUUGUAUAAGCGUUUCAGACAUUACGGAUUUAGUACCAGAUAGAAAUAAAGAAGAUCAUUUUUAGUUAACAUACAAAUAGUCAAAUUAAAAAAUAACGGAAGUUUACUAAUCUACAGAAUAUAAAUAAAUUUUGAGAGCAAUAAAGUAAUAUACUUAUUGAUAAUUCUCAUAGAUAUCUUCAUUCUUAAUAAUAAUAAACUAGAAAAUAGGAAACCUAACCAGCAGCUUAAUUACAAUAAGAAUAAUAAAGUGGUUUAAUAAAAAGUUUGAGUUCAUUUUUUAUGAAGAAAUGA